UCUUCUGGCCAGAGCACAAUGCCUCCCUUCCCAGCCAAGCCACCGCCGCCGGUGCUGCGCUGCUAACCUUCUUCGACUGCACCGUCGGUGCUAGGGGGUCCUGGGGUUCCGGACGCCGGAGGCGGUGCUCGAUCCGGGACUAACACCGGUAGUUUCUGCUUGCUCCGCCCCUGGUCGGCGACGGUGUUCCUUAUCACGCGAGAGUGCAUCGGUGCGGUGCCGGGGACUAAUGGGUUCCCGCGCGUCGCCUCCUCACGACUUGCUCCCCAUGCAUGUUGAACAACUAAGGAGGCGCCAGCACUCAUUAUCAGAAUUGACUUAUGCAAGGGAUGAAGAUGCAAAACUUGAGACCACACGUGCAAAGUUGUCAAACAUCCUUAAAAGACAUGAAGAUUUAAAAGAGCGCCUUUCACGGGACUCUGAUAAGCUGAUUUUUGAGCGUCUACAGAAAGAAUUUGAGGCUGCACGAACCGCUCAAACUGAAGAGAUUUUAAUACAUGAUGAACAGUGGAAUGAUGGUUUGUUGGCAACCAUCCGUGAGAAGGUCCAUAUGGAGGCUGACAGAAAGGCCAUGGCCAACCAAGUAAACGUUCCAGCAGACCUUCAAUUUCAAUCAAGGACUACAUAUAGAAUUAAAAAUAAGGUUAUCUAUUGCUUGGAUGGCGCGAGAAUUGGCAUACAGUAUGAGACAUUCUUUGCUGGAGAGCCUUGUGAAAUUUUUCAUUGUGUUUUGGAAAGCAAGUCAUUCCUGGAAAAGAUGACUGUCAUCGAACACACCUUACCUUUCUUUCUGCCCAUACGUGAAUUAGAAAGUGAUCUCCUGUCAUCUAAUGCCAUCAAAUUUAUUGAUCAUCUUGAAGAAAUUAUACAGGCUUAUAUUGACAGGAGAGAGCAGGUCAGUAUCAGCUAUCAGGAGUCGCUCCCACAUGUCCGUCUUAUCAAGGAGCUCUAUGGAAACCAAAUUGGCGAACUGUUCCAUAGUCUUCCUUACAAUGUGAUUGAGUUUGUAUUGGAGGAUUUUGAGUGCAAGGUUACAGUCAGCAUUCGAUAUUCAGAUCUACUGUUGACACUGCCGAGUCAGGCUAGGGUCUUAGCUUGGCCACUUCGCUCAUCGAAGAGAAUAUCCACAAGGGCCAGUGCUGCUUCAGCUGUCCAGCCGGUACCAUUUCGCCUUCCAUAUGCUGAGGAUGCACUCAAGACCUUGUGUCUACCAGAAGCAUUUGCAGACAUCGUUCUGGACCUACCCCGUGCUUUGAAGAGGAUUUUCUGCUCCCAGGACAGCGACUGAAGUGCGUGUAGAUGUGCUUAUGAGACCUCAAGAUUUGUAGUACUUGCAUAAGAUGUCCCUACCUAGCUAAUGUCGAACAGAUACUUGAAAACACGGUUCAGAGCCGUGGUAGUGUAGUUUGUAGUGGCUGAGAACCUAGCAAGCCAAUGGAGCUCAUUUGAACUUUGGAAUACUCGACCAAAUUGUUCAGCUGCUCGAAACGCUCAACGUAUAAAUACUAAAAGAUUUUCACUUUAGGAAAAUGUUCCUGAUUCAUUUAAAUA